CGUGUGCGUGCGCGCUAUACUCUCAGGUGACCAAAUGAAUGAAUCCGGCUAGCGUAUGGGCAAUUUUUUAAGCACCAUCUAACUUUGGAUUCAAUGCAUUUAUCACUCGGCAUUAGUGAUGACUUGGCUUCUGUUGUGGGUUCUUCUCGCUUGUGUACCACAGAUUCACAGGGCAUUUUCCCAGGAUUCUUCUAAGAUGUUGUCCACACCAGAGCCCGUGUCCCCGGAGCCCUAUAACCGCACCCAGUACUGCCAAUGGCCCUGCGAAUGCCCUGAAACUCCCCCCACCUGUCCUCAAGGUGUUAGCCUGAUCACGGAUGGCUGCGAUUGCUGCCAAGCAUGUGCCAAACAGGUGGGGGAGGUUUGCAACGAGAAAGAAAACUGUGACCAUCAUCGUGGCCUUUACUGUGAUUACAGCGCAGACAAGCCUAGGUACGAAAAAGGAGUAUGUGCGUAUUUGCCAGGCACUGGCUGUGAGCACAAUGGUGUGAUCUAUCGCAACGGCCAGAGCUUUCAGCCCAAUUGCAAAUACCAGUGUCUGUGUGUUAACGGGGCGAUUGGAUGUGUGUCGCUGUGUAAUGAGUCUCAGCCCCCCAGGGUCUGGUGCCAAAACCCACACCGAGUUCAAAUCCCCGGCCGCUGCUGUGAGCUGUGGAUCUGUGACGAGUCCAGGAGGGGGCGCAAGACAGCACCACGACACACAAUGGCCGCCCUGUCUAGUAUAAAGGACAGCUGGCACAAGAACUGUGUGACCCAGACAACCUCCUGGAGUCCCUGCUCAAAGACCUGCGGCCGUGGAGUGUCCUUACGCAUAAGCAACAACAACAAGCAGUGUCGGAUGGCCAAAGAGAGCAGGCUCUGCAACCUCCGGCCUUGCAAAGUGGACAUCACAAAGCACAUAAAGCCUGGAAAGAAGUGCUUGAACAUCUACAGGGUGGAGAGGCCACACAACUUCACCAUGUCUGGUUGCACUAGUACAAAAACAUAUUGGCCCAAAUAUUGUGGCGUGUGUACGGAUGAACGCUGCUGCAUCCCCUUCAAAUCGAAGACCGUGGAGGUCGACUUUCAGUGCCCUAAUGGAUCUGGCUUCACCUGGCAGGUCAUGUGGAUUAACGCCUGCUUCUGCAACCUGAGCUGUAAGAACCCCAAUGACAUAUUUACAGAUCUAGAGCAAUACCACGAGAGAAGUGAGAUUGGAAACUGAGUGUACAAGACAUUGCAGAAAAGUCAAUAGUAAGGUUUGGGUGAAAGCCACGAAUUUGUUUUUCUUUAAUUUGUUAAUAUUUAAUGAACCAUCAUCAUUCUUUCUUGUAUGAGACUUUUUUCCUAUUGGAAACGGAAACAAUCAGACAUUUUCUAAUUUAUGCUAUUUUAAGACUAUGUGGCCUCUUGCAACCUAAUUCACCUUUGGCUAAGCCACUCCCUAGAAUGUAGAUUGACCAAUCACAGCGCAGCCAAGAACGAGCUCCCACAGAGGUCCUAAACUUUUUCACAGCGAUGAGCACUCCAUUGACUUUCAACACAAGCAUCUCAAAUUUUUGCUCUCGGUAGGCUAUUAUUACCGUCGUAGUUUUAUUUAAAAUAUGGUUAAACGUUUCCCAGAGAGGUUGGAUCGGGGUGUCCGUU